AUCGAGUUAAAUCCUUAGCAUGUCCGUAGGUACGUCUCGCGAAUAUUUCAGUUGCGUUCGGAGUUUGGUUCCCACCGCAGUGAUUUCGCCUUAAUAGGCUCAGAACUAAAUGAGCGAUGUAUCAGAGAAGAGUAGACGCAGCGUGCGACGGCAGCGCUCCAUCUACCAGGUGCACUACAGCAUGCGGCGGCAGGACGCCGAGAUGACGGCCAAGCCGCUGCUCAUGCCCACCAGCCCGGUUGAGGUGCAGGCCUACGCACUCCAGGUGGCCGGACAUAGGAACACUGAGGAUACUAAGUACUUAGGUCUCCUCCAAUGCAACAAUGGCACGAUAAUGAAGCCUAUCAUAAAGGAGUCUCAGAAACGAGAGGUGGACUUUUACGAACAUCUAAAGAGUAGCACGCAAGCUGAGCUGCUGGAGUUAAGGGGUCUUGUGGCGAAAUACUUCGGAAACAGAAAGUAUACGUACAACGGGUUCGAACAGGAUUACAUCAUACUGGAGGAUCUUACUGAGAGAAUGCUGGAGCCUUGUAUUAUGGAUGUUAAGAUUGGCAAGAGAACAUGGGACCCGCUAGCGACGGAAGAGAAGAUAAAGAACGAACAAAGCAAGUACGCGGCGUGCAAACAGCAGUACGGGUUCUGUAUCCCGGGGUUCCAGGUGUACCGGCUCAGUACUGGCAAGCUGUGCAAGUACAACAAGGACUACGGGAAACGGCUGCAAGGACAUGCUGUUAAAGAAGCAAUCCGCAACUACCUGAACGGUAUAGGAGCAACUCUCUGCCGGGCGUUACUGCUGCAGUUUCUGUCGGAACUAUGGAAGAUACAGAAAUGGUCGCGGCGGCAGACGGCGGUGCGGCUGUACAGCGCGUCCCUGCUGCUGGUGUACGACGCGGCCAGGCUGCGGGACUGCUGCCAGAGCAAGGAGUUCACAGCUCGCGUAGGUUGUCGCCCAGCGUCCGUGCCCCGGCGGCGACACUCCCUGCACAGCGUGGGCUCGGGCUCCAACUUCAGCGGCCAGAUCUCCUCGAAAGGUCCCGUGUAUAAGAAACUACAAUCCGUCCCGCUCUCCCCUAUGUCCCACUCUAGCUUCUCACCCCCACCGCCUAUCAAGUCGCCGUGGUCUGAAGCCCUCGCCAGUUUCAACCACAACCACUCCUUCGAACACAACUAUGAGAACAAACUCUCUAAGAUCAAGAUGAACUACAGAGCCAUGUUGGACCAAUUGUCCUACGACUCGCCUACUCCCAACCCGUGGGGCACCGUCAAGAUCAUUGACUUUGCGCACGCCUUCUUCAAUGGUGAUGAAGAAAAGCAAAUCGAUGAGAAUUUCAGAGAAGGUAUUGACAAUUUUGUUGAAAUUUUCGAAUGUUUUCUGAGAGAAACUGAUGACCAAGUACUAUGAUACAGCCAACGUUUACUUGCAGAAGGUGUGUAAAGUUAUAAAUAAAAUAAAGAGAAGAUAUUUUGUGGCCGUAGUUAAGGUUUUCAAAUGUAAUACUUACGUAUUAACAAGUGUCACAGAGCGAAGUCAUUACUCCUAGUCGCAGGUUUGAAACGGACAAUAUAAUAUUGUUCCUAAUCUACAUAGUUACUAAAUAUAUAGCGUGAAACUUUGUAAUGUUUGUCACUGGUGUCCUACAGUCAAAUACAAAGUACUUAUAUUCAUUCAAUGUAAUCUUGUGGUAUUUCAAUGUGUCAAACUUUUCUAAAAGACUACAGUAUUGUUUGAAUAUGGUUCACUUCAAU